AUGCCAAAGAUCGUUUCCAGGUCCGCAAUAUCGACGAGUGAAGAUAAACAAGCCUUACACGCCACCAGCCGACUGGUUGUCAACUAUUGUCUUUGUGGAGAGUUCAUUUUAGUAAUCGACAAGCCUCUUUCGUUGGUCGCUCGGAGGCCAAUUGAUGCAUCAUAUGUGAUCCGGAACAUCGAGCCGAAGCGGUCGUACAAGCUGAACACAGACCUCAGCACAAAGCCAACAUUGAUUCGAAGAGACAAUGGAUUUGAGAAGCAGUGGCGACACACUUGCAGUCGAUGUAAACUUCCGAUUGGCUAUGAGAUUGCAAGUCCGACCAAGGGAGAUUGGACCUACAUUUUCCCCGGCUCCUUGACAGAAACUCAAUCGAGUGUCCCGCCUAGUGCUCUUGAUCUUCAUCCAGUCGAAACACUCAAAGAACAGAUAGAGCGUGCCCAGAAAGAAAGCAAAAAUCUGGAGACGAUACCUGAGCAGGGCGAUGAUAAAGAAGAUACCUGA